GUUGGUAUUUCAAACUAUGAAUUCAGAGUCCAUUGAGGUGCUAAGCGAGUCGGAUCCGCAACUCGGAGUUUCAUGCCAUCGGCCUGCUCGGCUUUCGCACGGUGGUGCUCCAAAACCAGCCACCCUCAAGCUGGAGGUCACCGUGCGCUCCUCCAACUACGACCAUGUGGCCACUAAAGAUCCUCGCAUUGGAUGCAAGUUGAUCUUCACCUACACCGAGAUGUAUCCCCAUCUGUUGCCGAAAAUAAGUAUCAAGGCGAAGAUGAAUUUCCCCGAUAUGUUCGAGAUCAAAAUGCAGGAGGAGUUCCGUCGCAUAAGGCGGUUGAAUCGGGGCACCCAGUUUUUCCUUUCGAUUGUUACCAGGGCUAAGGACAUGAUGGACCAGAUGGUCAGGAAGCUGAAGCGGAAAAUGGAAGCGACCAUGGCUGCCGAGGAGCUGGAGUUCACUCUCUCUCUCUCUCACCUGCCCUGCCCACAGAUGUGCUCUAACGACUCUCUAUGGCAAGCCCCAAACAAAAUUAUGGUGUAAGUAAAAUUGUAGAUUAAGCAAAUAAAAUUAUGUUCAUUUGUGGUUGGACCAAUAUCUGGACAUAUCUUCUAUUUAUGACUGCAACGUUUUGGUGGGUCGAAUGGGGCGAGUGGGCCGAA